AGUAGCCUACAGAUUCUGCCCGCACUCUCAACUCAAUACCGCUGUAGGAAUGUGAUGGAUUAGAAAAAUAUGUGCCUCGGUUGUCAAUAUGUUCCCCGGCGUUUUCUAUGCGCUUCUGGCGGGGUUUCUCGGGGCUGUCGCAUCUUCAUCUGCAAAGCUGUCACUUGGAGCCGAUUACCUAAAAGGUGUAUGUGAAACGGGGCUACGAACAUGGGGAGAGCAGCGGAAAUUUAGACAACCUGACGAAACUACCGCUUGUGACUGGCUCCACAUCCCACUGAGGCUGCUUUGUGGGGGGCUGCUCUUCACCUGUAAUGCUGUGAUGUGGACGUUCCUCGCCAAGGCGCUCCGGUACUCUUCCUCCUCCACCCGAACCACUGUGACCACUACCGCUUCCAACUUCAUAUCUUCCGCCUUUUUGGGGCAGCUUAUCUUCGGGGAGACCCAGAUUGCGUUGUGGUGGGUGGGAAUCUCCCUCACGUUCUCUGGCCUCCUGGUGCUUCAGAGGGCGUCCCCCAACGACCGAGCCAGGAAGGACGAAUGACAAACCUGUCGGAAGGCACAACUCAUUAAGUGAUAUAGAACGAAACCAGUAAUGCAACGUAUAGCCUACUAUCUGUGACAAACCAUAGCAUUUCUCGGGUGAAUGGCAGUCAUGGCAACUUUGGAAGGUAAAGCACUGUCAAAACAUACCAUGUAAGGAACAUACAGGGAUUUAUGGUUU